AUGUUCAAGCUUGCUCGCAGCACGCCGAUUGCGACGGCUCUCAGAGCGGCAACAGAGUCGUCGGUGCAGAGCAGAUUAGCUCAGCAGCAGAGGAGGAAUCUCUCUGUCCAUGAAUAUCUCUCUGCGAGACUGCUCAAGUCGUACGGCGUCGGUGUGCCCAAGGGCGAGGUCGCCCGCACAGCGGACGAAGCAGAGGCUGUUGCGAAGCAGAUUGGUGGAGAUGAUAUGGUGAUCAAGGCCCAAGUCCUCGCCGGUGGUCGAGGCAAGGGUACUUUCGACAAUGGGCUGAAGGGAGGAGUGCGCGUGAUUUACUCGCCAACUGAGGCCAAGAUGUUCGCAUCCCAGAUGAUCGGACACAAGUUGAUCACGAAGCAAACUGGUGCUAAGGGCCGUCUCUGCAACGCUGUUUACAUCUGCGAGCGCAAGUUCGCGCGUCGGGAAUUCUACCUUGCCAUCCUCAUGGACCGCCAGACCCAGACGCCUGUGAUUGUGUCCUCUUCCCAGGGUGGUAUGGACAUUGAGACUGUCGCGAAGGAGACUCCUGAGGCGAUUCGGACCACCCCGAUCGACAUCAAGGUCGGAGUCACGGAUGAAAUCGCGCGCAACAUUGCUACGGAGCUUGGUUUCUCGGAACAGUGCAUCGAAGAUGCCAAGACGACCAUCCAGAACCUGUACAAGGUUUUCAUGGAGAAGGACGCUACCCAGAUUGAGAUCAACCCUCUGGCUGAGACCUCUGACCACCAGGUCCUUGCCAUGGAUGCCAAGCUGGGAUUCGACGACAACGCCGAGUUCAGACAGCAGGAGGUCUUCUCGUGGAGGGAUACGACGCAGGAGGACCCGGACGAGGUCAAGGCUGCUGAGCACGGGCUGAACUUUAUCAAGCUUGACGGUGAUAUUGGAUGCUUGGUCAAUGGUGCUGGUCUCGCCAUGGCCACCAUGGAUAUCAUCAAGCUCAACGGAGGCAACCCUGCGAACUUCCUUGACGUCGGCGGUGGUGCCACCCCUACCGCCAUCAAGAGGGCCUUUGAGCUGAUCACCAGCGACCCGAAGGUCACUGCGAUCUUCGUCAACAUCUUCGGAGGUAUUGUCCGAUGCGAUGCUAUCGCCCAGGGUCUCAUCAACGUUGUGCGCGACAUGGGAUUGCGCACUCCUGUCAUUGCCCGUUUGCAGGGAACCAACAUGGAGCAGGCUCGUAAGCUGAUCGACGAGUCCGGUCUGAAGAUCUUCUGUAUCGAGGACCUGCAAAGCGCAGCCGAGAAGGCUGUCCAAUUCUCGAAGGUGGUUAAGAUGGCCCGCGAUAUCGACGUGGGCGUCGAGUUCACCCUCGGCAUCUAA